AAAUUGAAUAAAAUAAAUGAAAAAUUAAACAAUAUACAGAUUUAGAGCCACAAUUUGUUGAAGUGGCAACCAUUACUUCUUGUUUUUCACUGUCUACUUUUUCCAUCUUCUUCCUCUCUCUCUCUCUCUCACUAGAAAUUCUUCUUCUUUCUCUCUCUCACUAGAAAAACAAUUUCUUUCUCCUCACUUCACUAGCUCACUUUCUUUAAUCUUCAAACCAUUUUAUACUAAUUUUCUUACAUCAACUUCUCCACCUCUUCUUCUGGGCUCUCGAUCCUAGUUUUCAGUGUCUCUCUCUCUCUCUAACUCUUUUUCUCUCUCUCACACACACACACACACACACGAGCAAAUCUGAACACUACACAUUUAAUUCCCGAACAUGACUGACAGAGUCUACCCAUCAACCAAGCCAAACUCCGCCGCCGCCGCCAAGCCCACGGCGGCGGGGCCCCUGCCCGCUCCACCGGCGAAAUACAACCCGAACCGGCACCCCUACCGCCCGAAUCCGACCUCGCGCCACCGCCAGAAGAAAACCCCCAAAUUCAGCUGCCGCCGCUGCUGCUGCCUCACCUGCUUCUGGUCGGUCCUCCUCCUAACCCUAACCCUCCUCAUCGCCGCCAUCGCCGCCGCCGCCUUCUACGCGCUCUACCACCCCCACCGCCCGGCCUUCUCCGUCACCUCCGUCAAAAUCUCCGCCUUCAACCUCACCACCACCCCCGCCGACGACUCCACCCGCCUCACCGCCAGAAUCAACGUCACCCUCUCCGCGAAGAACCCUAACAAGAAAAUCCAAUUCGCCUACGACGCCAUGUCCAUCGCAUUGCUCUCCCGCUCGGUCAUUCUCUCGAACACCUCGUACGCCGCCUUCAACAGCUCCGCCGGCGCUAUCUCCGUCAUCCACGCCGCCACCCCGCCGCGCACGCAGCUCCUCGACGCCGAUUCGCUCAACCUGCUGAAAUCCGACCUGCGGCGGCCCCGCGGCCUGCCGAUUCGGAUCGUGGUGGACACCGCCGUCGCCGUGAAAAUCGAUAAGCUGAAGGCGAGGAAAUUCGGGAUCAGAGUGAAAUGCGAUGGGAUUCACGGCGCCGUGCCCAGGGGCAAAACCGUCAUUCCGGCCAACACCGCCGCCGCCGACUGCCAGGUUGAUCUCAGAAUCAAGAUCUUGAAAUGGACCUUUUGAGAUUUUAUUUAUUUUAUUUAUUUUUGAUAUAAAAUCAUUUUGGCAUUUUAUUUAUUUUUAAAUGUUUUAUUAUCAAUGCGAUCGAUGCUGCUAUACUUUUUUUUUCCUUUUAAUUUAUAUUUUUCUGGUUCUUUUGGAUAUACAAAUGCAAAGUUUGGGGGUUACUUUUUGUUAUUAGUGGAAACUAAAGGGAUCGGUAUGUAAUUAAAUUUUAUUUUAUGUUUGGUAAUUUUAUUAUUCUUUUUAUGGUGCA